AUGCCGCGCCUCAGGUCAAAGGCUUACCUGACGUGCUUUUAUUGCGGCCGGAAGACCUCAACGCGCAACGAUGGUAGCGUCCGCCGCUUCGAGUGUCCUUCCUGCGAGGCAACGAACUACCUAGACGAGAAAGGAGAGAUUACCGAUCCUCCACUCGAGGCAACUGCGCCAUCAGGAGGGACCGAUGAGAAGCCUCCAACAAUGGGAGAAUUAUUGGCAUCACAGCCCGAUAACGAUGUCUUCUGUGCCGAUUGCCUGAAAAACCAACGGCUAUUUACGGCCUCUUUGGCGCAAUAUCUACCCGGAGAUCCCGAUGACCCCGAAUAUGAGGCCCGCGAGCGCGACUUCUACAAAUUCCGCAACAACCUCGAGAGGCAAUACCCCCAGACCUGCUCCAAAUGUGAACCGAAGGUCCUCGAACGAAUAGCACAGGCCGGCUAUACGGCCAAGACGGAUCAUUUGCGGCGGAUGAUUGAUCGGAGCCUGAAGGCUCGGACUGCAGAGCAAGCAAGCGCCAGGGGUCCUCUGGGCGUGCUCGCUGUAGCGGGACGAUACCUGUGGCUCGCUGGGUUUAUCUUGCAAGGAUUGUGGCACUUGCAAAUGAUGCAAGAACUUGUCACGACGGCAGACUUCCCUGGGCUGCAUACUUUUGGAAUUAGACAACUCCUAGGGGUCUUAGCAUGGUUGAUCUCCGUGCUGCCGGACCCAGAAAGGCUCAUGAAAUGGAGCAUUAUGGGCACUGCAGUCAGUCUCUGGUGGAAUCCCUUCUUCGUCAAGACUGUCCGUGGCUUCACGAAACACUUGCUAGGCAUCGGGACAUGGUAUACCUAUCAAGCGGUUAUCAUGUUCUUUCGUGUUCUGGCACCUGGUAUACCCAAAAUCUCACGGGAGCAUGGCUCCACCGUAUCAGCGCAGCUCACGAUGCACUCUCUGACAUGCAUUUUCAUGUUCUAUACCGCGAAACUUGCGUUAGGCUCAAUUCGGGUUGAUACAACGCCACUUUUCGGUAGCAAAAGCUUGUCAACACCGAAAUUACCGGAAUCUGCUUCGCCACCCUCUCAAAGGAAGCCAUCAGGUAAUAGCAUGUUUGAUACGUUGGACGAGGUACUGGUAUCGCCAAUUCCGGCGCGCGAGAGCGAUAGCGAGACUGAGUCUCAAAGCCUGGCCCCCAAAAUUCGGCCCAGGUAUACAGAAGGACCGCUUCGAGGUCAGCAAAUUUCACCACGCGGUGGCUUGUUUGCCCCUGAAAACGCCCGCGGGUCAACCUUCGGCCGGCAGGAUGACGUACCGCAGCACACAGAAUACGCAUCAGAGAUGGACUGGCAACCCACCGAAUCACCACCUCGUGCAUUCAAUCCCUUCAGCGCCCCUGAACAACCUUUGCGCAGUUUUAAUGACGCGCCCGUCAACGAUAAGCACGGUCCAUUUUGGUUCAAAGUGCCUCCUGCGCCAGCCACCAGCAUGGCCCACAGAGGUUUGAAACCUUCUACGGCUUCCAGUACCGCGCUGCUGCAGAACCAACCAGAACCAGUACAGCAACGCCGAUUCUUUGCCUCAAGAGAGGAGGCAAAGAAGGAACAAGAGGCUCGUGAAGAAAGGAAGAGGAAAGAGGCGGAAAGAACAAAAUAUAUCAAAAGUCCGUCAUUCAGAUACAGGGCGAAUGAUCCACGUGAUCCGCUGUCUGACAUGUUUGAAGACACCUUCAAGAUCAGCCCUAGCCGCGCAGCACCAGCGGAACGGGCUGAACAGAAGAUGGAGAGUCCCAAGCAAGACAUCGUCGCACGGCAGAUGACGGCAUCGGACUUUUCUGUCCUGAUGCUGUCUGCUUUGCUCUUGAUCCCUGGCUACGAGAUGUUUGUUCCAACGGAGUAUGGAGUGCAUAUGGCUUUGAGUGUAUGUUGCACAAGUCUUAUCAUCUGGGUUCGAGUCAACCUCGCAACAUUUAAGACGCUGCAAGUGCAGGUCUCUGUGAUGAACAGCGACUGUAACUCGCAAGAUAUCCAGAUGGAGCGAACUAUGAUUUCAAGACGAAGUGCUCGAUCAUCUAUCGAACCCGGCGAGGAGGCAAAGCCGGACUUUGAGUCCCAGACUCAAUCCAAAAGGAAUUCAAUUAUGGAAAUAGAAUCCACGCAAGAGGCUGAGGACUGCAUCGGAUCUACAACAAGCAUUCAGAGUGGCUGUAAGCUGCAAAAGUCGCUUUCUAUGCCGGCUCUUUACGCCUCCCCCUAUGUUUGGCUUGACCCCAUGGAGCCGAGCUCCUGGGGCAAGGACGGUUACCUCAAAGUCAUGACUGGAACCGGCACCGCAUUGAAGGGGACGGAAUUUUUACAGCAGCUUGAGGCCGGGUUACCCGGCGAUUCCCAAAAGACGUCAAGGCCUGUGAAUUUUGGCAUGAUAGUCCCAGGCGUCUAUCGGUCUGGUUAUCCCCAGCAGGAGCACCAUGCAUUUAUGAAGGACCUAAAGCUCAAGACUGUCGUAACUCUGGUCGAGAAGGAACCGCCGGAAGGCUUCAAGCCAUUUCUUACAAGCAACAACAUUAAACACCAUGUCAUUGCCAUGAAGGGCACCAAGAAGGAAUCAAUUUCAUUGGGAACUAUGCAGAGCAUUCUAAAUGUCGUGCUCAACCCCAAGAAUCAUCCUCUGCUGGUUCAUUGCAACCACGGCAAACACCGCACUGGAUGUGUUGCAGGCGUGGUCCGCAAAGUCACUGGGUGGGAAACGGACGCCAUCAUUGACGAAUAUCGCAAGUUUGCCGAUCCCAAGGAACGUGAAUGUGAUAUCGACUACAUCACCAUGUUCGAUAUUGCCGACGCCAAAAUUUCCAGCAUAUUUGCUCGAAAACCUCUCUACACACAGUUUGGCCCAAUUGGCAUUGCCAUGUUGACUAUACUAGUCGUUGCUCUCUUUACUCUCACCAUGAUCAAAGAGGACGUUGCCACCGAUUGGUCGUAG